AUGUCCAACUUCGACGUCAACGCCAUUCUGCGCGGGGCCCAGCUCACCUUUGUGGGCGCUCACCGUGCGCUGCAAAACCCAGAGCUGUUCACCACGGCACACUACCGACAGGCCGCGAUUGCCGUCUGCGCAGGGCUGGCCAUUCGGAUCAUCCUCAACAUCCCCAUCUACAUUGUCAAGAUCCUCCUCUGGAUCAUCGGGGCCUUCGUCAACCUCGAUCACGAGACCUGGGACGACAAGGUCAUCUCGGGCCUGGACUUCGUGUCGCGAUCCGUGCUCCAGAUCCCCUUCUUCCUAAUGAUGGUCAUGGGCUCCGUCACCCCGACGCUCGACAACCUCUUCAUGGAGUCGCUGAAGUGGGUCGACACCACGUAUGUGCAGAAGCACAAGUCCGAUGACCCGGCCACGCUGCGGGGGAUGUACUACCCGACGCUCAAGAUGUACUCGACGCACGGUGAGAAGGAGAAGAAAGAGCAGCGCUCCUUUGUGGACGGGGUCGUCAUUUUCCUGACAAAAUACGGUCGACGCGCCGCCAUCUCCCUGGCCAUCUACGCGCUUACCUUUGUCCCCGGGAUCGGGCCCUUCGUGCUCCCUGCGGCCUCGUUCUACACGUUCAACAAAGCCGUCGGCCCCGUGCCCGCCGGCAUCGUCUUCGCGUCCGGCCUCGUCAUCCCCAAACACUACAUGGUCCAGUUCCUGCAGACGUACUUCUCGAGCCGCAGCCUCAUGUCGCGCCUGCUGGAGCCCUACUUCCAGCGCAUCCGCUUCACCCGGCAGCAGAAGAAGAUCUGGUUCAUCGACCGCAGCGGCGUCCUAUUCGGCUUCUCCGUCGCCUUCACCGUCAUGGUCAAAGUGCCCCUGAUCGGCGUGCUGAUCUACGGCAUUGCCGAGGCCAGCACCGCCUAUCUCAUCACCAAGGUCACCGAGCCGCCGCCACCGCCUGGACCGGCCAGCCAGGAGUACAUCGAGAGCGAGGUGCGCUGGAAAAACAAGCAUCUGUUCUUGAAUCUGCCCCUGGACCGGCUGGACGAGUUCAACGCGAUGUUGACCGGUGCCGAGAAGGUGGGGAGGGCGGAGAGCCCAGAAGUUCCCAGGAGGAAGUUUACAUGA